AUGGCGUCCAUGGCAAAGUGGUCAUAUAGAGUGUUCUCGUUUCCCCGGCGUUUUCCUAGUGUUACGAAUUCAAAUCGCUCGUGCCGUGUUAAAAGUGAACCGAAACAAUGGACAUACAAUUCUACACUGUGCACUGUUGCUUCCAUCGCUUUUUAUAUUGGGUAUAAAAUAAUAAAUCCCCUCGUGGUCCACGCCUCGAAGACUAAAAAGCACGACGAUGAGACACAAAAGGCAGUAAAGCUGACGACGCGAGAACGGAGAUUUAUAAAAUUUGCAUCGGUGGAAUAUGACGGGCAACUGUACAUGACGCCCCAGGACUUCCUCGACAGUGUUGUUGAACCCGAACCGAGACCGAGGCUGAAGAGACGUGUGUUAGGUGACAUGGAGCUCGAAGUGAUGAGAAAUUCCGUCCCUUCGCUGCGCCAUGGAAAUCCACACAUGUUCAGGAACCUUCGUGACAAAGGAAUUAUUUCCUAUACGGAAUACUUGUUUCUCUUGUCCAUUCUGAUCAAACCUAAGACAGGUUUCCAAAUAGCGUUUAACAUGUUCGAUACUGACGGAAAUGAACGCGUGGACAAAACUGAAUUCCUUGUGAUUCGACGACUGCUCGGUGGCACACUGAAGAAUCGACACCUCGACGAAGAGACGAAACGUGCAUUGAAUACCAUUAUCACACCGAACCAGGAAUUCAUUGAAAUACCGAAGCUUCGUAACGGUCAGGAGAAAAACGGAACAGAGAUUGUCUCUAAUUCUUACAUGGAAAAGGUAUUUAGCCACGCUUGGAGGGGCCGCCAAGGUACCGAAACCAAAGAAAACUUGGAGCAUUUAACCGAAAGACAAUCCACACCGGAGGAAAUCCAAGUUCAAUAUAUCGACGAUGCACAGGGCCUGCAACGUCGACACGCCGUAGAUACAAGCUUAAUGAUACAUUUCUUUGGAAAGGAUGGCAACGUUGAGCUGAAGUACGAAGACUUCAAGUGUUUCAUGGAAAAUCUACAGCAAGAAGUUCUGGAGCUCGAGUUCCAUGAAUAUAGUAAAGGCCGAGACACCAUCACUGAAUUAGACUUUGCAAAAAUAUUGCUGCGAUACACCUAUUUCGACACUGACGAAUACGACAAGUAUUUGGACCGCAUACUACAAAACGCAGAACUUCAAAUCGGCAUCACAUUUGAGGAGUUCCGACGUUUUUAUCAAUUCUUGAAUAAUAUCGACGACUUCUCAAUAGCUAUGCGAAUGUACACUUUGGCAGACUACCCAAUUUCCAAAGAUGAAUUUCAACGCGCCGUCAAGAUAUGUACAGGUAGUGUGCUCUCAGAUCACCUAAUAGACACGGUAUUCGUGCUAUUCGACGAAGAUGGCGACGGCCAGUUAUCCUACAAAGAGUUUAUCGCAAUAAUGAAAGAUCGACUUCAUCGAGGUUUUAAGUCGCAACAACGACGCGAAGGUUUUCAAGCGUUUACUAGCUGCGUGAAACAAGAAAUGAAGUCUCGUUAA